GUCGUCGUCGUCGUGUCGUCGUUUCUACAUUAUCGCACACGCGUUUUACGUACGCGCGACCGUGCACGCACACGCGUACGAGAUGCGUGUUUCUCUGUGCGAUAAGCUCCGUAAGCAUCACGCGAGGCUCCGGCAGGCACGCAGAGGCCUCGGCUGCUCCAGUGCAGCUAAUGUACACGGGUACGAUGCAACCUUGGCACCGAUGGGAACGAGCCGUGAAGAGCAGGUCCUGCUAUCGCGUAUCGUGUGUACACGUGUACGCGCGCACAUCGCAUACAACAUCGCCUCUUCUAUUGAACCAGACACUUCAUUCGGACGGGAAGAGGAUUCCCCUAUAGGGAAGGUGUCCGAUAAUCUUUUUUCGGCGAUCCGAAACACAAAUACGAACGUGGAAUUCGAAUAAGAGUGAGAUCACGUCCGAGUCUUGGAGCUUCUUUUUUUAGAACGAUAUUCAUAGUUCGUUCUUAUUUUAAGACCGUUUUAAGUAAAGGAUUGGCACUGGAAAUCGGGGAAAAUGUCAAGGAAAUUGAGAACGAUCAAUGCAAAUCAGGAAAAAAGUCAGGGAAUUUUGGCAAAAUUUUCUGGAAAGAUCCUUGGCUUUGUGAUUAAAUAAAAUAAAAUUAAAGAAGUUCAAUAUGUGCACAUCCUAUUUUUGCAGUUUUGAAAUACUACUAACUUAACAAUUGAGUGCAAGCAAUGCCAGCAACAUCAAUAGCAAUUUAUAUUGCUAUGUUAAAUUGUGUUCCUUCAAUAAAAUAUUUGAUGAUUUCCAAAUCAGGACGAAAAUACAACAAAAUUUCAAAAUAUUAUUGAAGACAGGCGGAUCAGGUAAAAAACUGUGGAAUUUUAAGAUAAAAAGAAUUUGUGACAACCAUGUCUUAAUAUGAUAUACAGCUGUCUCAUUCAUAACACAUUAAAAGAAAAAUGUCAAAAUAUUA